ACUGUCCGGAAAUGGGAGCCUGCACGAAGGGCUGAUGGUUCCGCAGAGGAAGCUCAUGGACCCUGGCUCCCUGCCGCCCCCCGACUCGGAAGAUCUCUUCCAGGAUCUAAGUCACUUCCAGGAGACGUGGCUCGCGGAAGCUCAGGUUCCGGACAGUGAUGAGCAGUUCGUCCCUGAUCUCCACUCAGAAAACUUAGCUUUCCAUAGCCCGACCACCCGGAUCAAGAAGGAGCCCCCGAGCCCCCGCGCAGAGCCGGCCGCGUCCUGCAGCAGGAAGCCACCGCCCCCCUAUCACCAUGGCGAGCAGUGCCUUUACUCCAGUGCCUAUGACCCCCCCAGACAAAUCGCCAUCAAGUCCCCCGCCCCGGGCACCCCUGGACAGUCGCCCCUGCAGCCCUUCCCCAGGGCGGAGCCGCGGAAUCUCCUGAGGUCCUCCAGCGGCCCUGGCCAGCCCCAGCCCAGCCACCGGUACCUUGGGGAGCGCGGCCCUGUCUUCCAGCAGCCCCUGGACACCUGCCGCUCCUUCACGCCUUCCCAGGGAGGGGCCGGGGACGCCCUGGCAGGCCCCUACCAGCACCCACUGCCUGAGCCCUGCCCGCCGUACCCACAGCAGGGCUUCAAGCAAGAGUACCAUGACCCCCUGUACGAGCAGGCGGGCCGGGGCGGGCUCGGCGGGCAUAGGUACCCCCGACCAGGAGUGCCAAUCAAGCAGGAACAGGCAGACUUCGCCUAUGACACGGAUGUCCCCGGCUGUGCCUCGAUGUACCUCCACACAGAGGGCUUCUCAGGGCCUGCUGCAGGUGACCAGGCCAUGGGUUAUGGCUAUGAGAAACCUUUGCGACCUUUCCCAGAGGACACCUGCAUCGUCCCUGAGAAAUUUGAAGGGGACAUCAAGCAGGAAGGGCUCGGGCCAUUCCGCGAAGGGCCGCCCUACCAGCGCCGCGGUGCCCUGCAGCUCUGGCAGUUUUUGGUGGCCCUGCUGGACGACCCCACAAACGCCCACUUCAUCGCCUGGACUGGCCGGGGGAUGGAGUUCAAGCUGAUUGAACCUGAAGAGGUGGCCCGGCUCUGGGGCAUCCAGAAGAACCGGCCGGCCAUGAACUACGACAAGCUGAGCCGCUCGCUGCGGUACUAUUACGAGAAGGGCAUCAUGCAGAAGGUGGCUGGCGAGCGCUAUGUGUACAAGUUCGUGUGUGAGCCAGAGGCCCUGUUCUCCCUGGCCUUCCCGGACAACCAGCGGCCAGCGCUGAAGGCAGAGUUUGAGCGGCCGGUCAGCGAGGAGGACACAGUCCCUCUGUCCCACUUGGAUGAGAACCCAGCCUACCUCCCGGAGCUGGCCGGCUCUGCCCAGUCCUUCGGCCCCAAGGGUGGCUACUCCUACUAGGUCCCCGUACUGCCAGCCACCAUGGCGCCACCUGUGUACAUAGCCAGAACCUGAGCCCCGGUCAGGCAGAUCCCUGUGUCCUAACUCUGGGAAGGGAGAGUGGAGAAAGGGCCCUGCUCAGCUCCACCUUGGGCUCCCAACUCCGGGCACCAGGCCUGGGGUUUCCCGAGUGCCCCACUUCCGCGACUCAGCCCCUCCAGGCUAUGGCUGAAUGCGCGGCUCUCUUCUUGGUGCUGUCUGGGGCAGGGGCAGGACCCUGGGGUGCAGCCAGGCAGAGGGAUGGGCUCCUCCUCCUCCCUGACCCUAAUA